AUGUAUGAGUACUACAACUACAGCCCCAGUCACAACUGCCAUAACCACAACUACAGCACCAACCACCACAACUGCGGCCCCUACUACAACUGCAGUACCAACAACAACUGCUGCCCCAAUACCAACAACCACAACUGCGGCCCCAAGUACUACAACUACAGCACCAACCACAACUGCUGCCCCAACCACUACAACUGUAGCACCAACAACCACAACUGCUGCCCCAACCACAACACCUAUAGCACCAACAACCACCACCAGGGCCCCUACUACAACUGCAGCACCAACAACCACAACUGCUGCCCCAAGUACUACAACUACAGCACCAACCACAACUGCUGCCCCAACCACUACAACUGUAGCACCAACAACCACAACUGCUGCCCCUACUACUACUCACCAAUAACUGUAGCACCAACAACCACCACCAGUGCCCCUACUACUGUAGCACCAACAACCAUAACUGCUGCCCCAACCACUACAACUCACAACAACCACAACUGCUGCCCCAACCACAACAACUAUAGCACCAACAACCACCACCAGUGCCCCUACUACUACUGUAGCACCAACAACCAUAACUGCUGCUCCAAGUACUACAACUACAGCACCAACCACAACUGCUGCCCCAACCACAACAACUAUAGCACCAACAACCAUCACCAGUGCCCCUACUACUACUAUAGCACCAACAACCACAACUGCAGCACCACCAACCAUAACUGCUGCCCCAACCACUACAACUGUAGCACCAACAACCACAACUGCUGUCCCAACUACUACAACUGUAGCACCAACAACCACAACUGCGGCCCCAACUACUACAACUGCAGCACCAACAACCACCACCGGUGCCCCUACUACUACAACUGUAGCACCAACAACUACUACUGCUGCCCCAACUACUACAACUACAGCACCAACAACCACAACUGCGACCACUACAACUACAGCACCGACAACCACAACUUCUGCCCCAACUACUACAACUGCAGCACCAAUAACUGUAGCACCAACAACCACAACUGCGACCACUACAACUACAGCACCAACAACCACAACUUCUGCCCCAACUACUACAACUGCAGCACCAAUAACUGUAGCACCAACAACCACAACUUCUGCCCCAACUACUACAACUGCAGCACCAAUAACUGUAGCACCAACAACCACAACUGCUGCCCCAACCACUACAACUGCAGCAUCAACAACCACAACUGCUGCCCCAACCACUACAACUGUAGCACCAACAACAACCGCUGCCCCAACUACUACAACUGUAGCACCAACAACUACUACUGCUGCCCCAACUACUACAACUGUAGCACCAAUAACUGUAACACCAACAACCACAACUGCGGCCCCAACCACUACAUCUGCAGCACCAAUAACCACAACUGCUGUCCUUACUACAAUGGCAGCACUUACAACCACAACUUCUGCCCCAACUACAACAACCUCUAGAAACGAAACAACAACAACACAAGGACUUGUAUCACUGGCACAUCUUCAGGUGAGGAUAUCUUCCUUUGGCGAGGUCAGCAAUGGAACCAUCAUUGAGCUUGUCAAACAGUUUUUUAGAGCCCAGCUCCUGAAUGGCACAGCCCACACAGUCACCGUGAC